GCCGCGGCCAAGAUGGCGACCGGAGGGACCAGCCGGGGCCGGGAGAGCCGCGCAGGUUUUAUGCAAUCACAAGAGCUUCUUUCUGUUUAACAUCUCAGAGCACGUCCGGAUUUCAGAAUGAAUCAGCCUUCAACCUCCUUUUAACGACCUUCUGCAGAGGAGCAGUGGAAGCCGCUUGCCAGACCUCUGUGCCUCUUCUCACAGCUGACCGGCACCGGGUGGACGCAACAGAGGGUUGUGUGCUGCUUAAAAGAAAAGCUCUCCUCUCCCUGCUGGCAGAGUUAGUCACAGCAGAUGUUGUUGCUCAGUGCCCUUUGUUGACAACUUGUAAUGCCAGAACUCAACCGGGCCUUCAGGAUCAGUUGAGACUUUGGCCGACGUCCCCGAGCACAUCCUCAAAGGGCUUCCGGAGGAAGUGAGGCUUCUCCCGUCCACUGUGGACAAGACCCGGCUUGGUGUCUGGGCCGCAAAGCCCAUUUUCAGAGGCAGGAAGUUUGGCCCCUUCGUUGGUGACAAGAAGAAAAGGUCCCAAGUGAAAAGCAAUGUGUACAUGUGGGAGGUCUAUUACCCAAAUUUGGGGUGGAUGUGUGUGGACGCCACAGACCCUGCGAAGGGAAACUGGUUGCGUUAUGUGAACUGGGCUCGCUCAGGAAAGGAGCAGAACCUUUUCCCGCUAGAAAUCAAUCGGACCAUUUACUACAAAACGUUAAAGCCAAUUGAGCCCGGGGAUGAGCUCCUGGUCUGGUACAAUGGGGAGGAGAACCCGGAGAUAGCAGCUGCCCUGGAGGAAGAGAGGGCCAGCCACCGCAGCAAGAGGCACUCCCCCAAGGCCAAGAAAGCGAAGAAAAAAAGCCAGGAGGCCAAGAACAAAGGAAAGAAGGCCAGGGAUAGGAAGCGGAAGCCUCCUUUGGAAGGUCCCGACAUGAGGGAGACUGAGGAAGGCCAGAAGCUGGAGGACGAAGCCCCAACGGUUUCGGCGGUGUUGCCCCUUGACCAGGCCGCCGUCAUCCAGGAGAUGGUGAAUCAAGACGUGCUUCCCAGCCUGCUCAUCUCCAGUGUGGCCUGCGAGCCGCCCGCCAGGCCUGAGGACAAGGCGGAGGUCCUCCUGGGUGGAGCAGAAGGUUCAGAGGAGGAUCCUGAGCAGCAGCAGGAGGAGGAGGAGGAGGAGGAGGAGGAGGAGCCCAUGGAGGAAGAGGAUGAGGAAGAGCCUCAAGAGGGGGAGGAGGAGGAAGAGGAAGAGGAGGAAGAGGAGGAGGAGAGCUUAGCAAAAGAAAAUCCAGAGGUGGAAUCCGGGUGGGGCUGUGGGGACAGGCUGGAGUCUGUGGAGGAGCAGAGCAGCCUCUCCGAGGACUCGGCCGGAAGCUCCCCCAAGAAAAAAGCCCUGGGGAAGGCUCCCAAGGCCAGGGGGGAGCCCAGCACCCAGGAGGCGCCCAUGUUCCCCUGCCAGCAUUGCGAAAGGAAGUUCACCACCAAGCAGGGCCUGGAGCGCCACGUGCACAUCCACAUCUCGGCCAUCAGCCACGCCUUCAAGUGCCGCUACUGCGGCAAGGCCUUCGGCACGCAGAUCAACCGCCGGCGCCACGAGCGGCGCCAUGAGGCCGGGCCCAGACGGAAGCUGCUCUUGCCCUUGGCCUCCACCCAGCUGUCUGGGGCCAGCACCGCGGCUGCCGAGGGGGGGGUGCAGGACGAAGCCAAGGCCAGGCAGGAGGCCCCCACCCCAGAGGCCGAGAGAGACACUUCCAAAACGCCACCCCCUCCGCUGCCUUUGGAGGAGAGCAAGGAGCCCAAGGAAUUGCACCCAUGCCAGUACUGCAGGAAGGUCUUCGGCACCCACACCAACAUGCGCAGGCACCAGCGGAGGGUCCACGAGCGGCACCUCAUCCCCAAAGGGGUCAGGAGAAAACCGGAGGAGCCCCAGGCUCCCGUGGGCCCGGCCCAACAGGCCCCCAGCACGUACCUGGCCAGCACAGACCUGGAGGAGGGGGAGGGGGAGGCUGACGACCUCAUGGACGUCUCCAGUAACAUCUCGGAGAAUCUCAACUACUACAUCGACGGCAAGAUCCCAUCCAACAGCAGCACCAGCAACUGUGAGGUGAUCGAGGUGGAGCCUGGCGCCGCCGAAGUCUACGGCAUCAACUGCCUGCUGAGUCCCGUCACGGUAGACAUCUCCCCCAAUGUCAAGGCAGUGCCGGUGCACCUGGUGGAGGAGUCGAAGGAGCCCCCUGUUGGCGGGACCCUUGAGGCCAAAAAGAGGAGGACGGCGAGCCCCCCACUGCUGGCCAAGGUAAAGACCGAAAUGGAUCCGGAGCCCAUCACCUCGCUGUGUUCCUUGACGAUUCCCCUCGCCAUAUCGACCGUGGAGAGCCUGCCCUUCCCCAGAGAGAAAAGCGUGUAUUUAUCCUCCAAGCUGAAGCAGCUUCUUCAGACACAGGACAACAAUAAGGUGGUCCCCUCCCCACCAUUGCCGGUGGGGGAGAUCCCAAAGCUGGCACUCCCCGUGGCCUCCUCCCCUCUGCUCCCGGCCACCUCAAGCAGGUUCAAGCGGCGCACCAGUUCCCCACAGCACAGUCCGGGCCUUCGAGAACCUGGCAAAGCCGGCAAAGCCAAGCCUGCUUGGAAUGAGACGGCCCUGGGUGCGAAGGCUCCCAAGGUGGAGAGACGGAGCAACUCCCCCGCGUGGAGUCUGCCUGGGAGAGAAGAAAGGGAAGCACUGAGUCCAGAAGAGUACAAGGCCUCCAGGGAGUGGGCGCCGAGCCCCCCCUUUGGGAAUGUGUGCAACCAGCAGCCCUUGGACCUGUCCAGCAGUGUGAAGCAGCGGUCGAACGGGAAGAGCCGGGCCCAGGCGCCCUGGGAAUCCGUGCUGGACCUCAGCGUGCACAAGAAGCCAUGCAGCGAUGGCGAAGGCAAGGAGGCGACUCCACCAGCAGGGGGCGCCAUUAAGAAGAAGCCCACCACUUCCAUGUUGCAGAAGGUCCUGCUCAAUGAAUACAAUGGGACGGAUUUGGGGCCCGAAAACCCCUCCCCGGACAUGAGCCCCAGGCCGAAUGCCUGCAAGCCAGCCGAAACCCCACAACCGCAGCCUGGCCCGGCUCCCCCGGCCCCUGGGGCAGAGUUGGGCUGCUCUGGCCUCACUGUCACCGAGGUGCCUUUGCCGCCACCCUCGUCCUGCCCAGAGCCAUCGGCCUCUCCCUCCCAUCUUCCGUGCCCUCCCAUGCUCCAGGCCCCCACGCCUCCCCCUACUCUCCUUCCCACUGCUCCUUUGCCCCUCCUGGAAGACCCUGGUAGCACCCCACCAAGCUCCUGCCCCUCUCCCCUGUCCAACGCCACAGCUCACUCCCCGCUGCCCAUUCUUUCCCCAACCGUCUCGGCCUCCCCCCUUCAUUCUGUGGAGCCCCUUGACUGCGCUUCCCCCGGGCCACCCACUCUAUCUUCGUCCUCCUCCCCCUCCCCCUCUUCCUCCUCCUCCUCCUCCUCUUCCUCCUCUUUCUCUUCCGCAUCCCCGUCCUCUCCUUCCCCGCCUCCCCUCUCAGUGGUCUCUUCCAUCCUCUCUCCUGGCGACCAGCUGGAGAAUCCAGGCCCCCUUGUGACUUUCAAGCAAGAAGAGGGAGAGGCCGGGGGUCAGAGGCUGAGGGAGGACCCCCACCCCUGUAGCGCAGCAGAGGCCGCCCAGGAAACCUUCAGCAAGAGCUUUGUGUGCAACGUCUGCCAGGCCCCCUUCCUCGCUAUCAAGGACCUUGCCCGGCAUCUGUCCGUCCACGCUGGGGACUGGCCCUUCAAGUGCGAAUUCUGCAUCCAGCUCUUCAGGGAGAAGGCAGCCUUGUCAGAGCACCGCUUCCUGCUCCACGGGGUGGGGAACAUCUUCGCCUGCUCCGUCUGCAAGAAGGAAUUUGCUUUCCUGUGCAACCUCCAGCAGCACCAGCGAGACCUGCACCCCGACAAAGAAUGCAGCCACCACCAGUUCGAGAGCGGGACUCUGCGCCCGCAGAAUUUCACCGAUCCCAGCAAAGCCAGCGCAGAGGAGAUGCAGAGCCUGCCCAGCACUGCCCUGCAGCCCUCCAAGGAGGAGGAGGAGGAGGAGGAGGAGCUAAACGACUCCUCCGAAGAGCUCUACACUACCAUCAAAAUCAUGGCGGCCGGGGUCAAGCCGAAGGACCCCGACGUCCGCAUGGGCCUCAACCAGCACUACCCCAGCUUCAAGCCCCCCCCAUUCCAGUACCAUCACCGGAACCCCAAUGGCAUAGGAGCCACGGCCACAAAUUUCACCACCCACAACAUCCCCCAGACCUUCUCCACCGCCAUCCGUUGCACCAAGUGCGGGAAGAGCGUGGACAACAUGCCCGAACUGCACAAGCACAUCUUGGCUUGCGCAUCUGCCAGCGACAAAAAGCGGUACACCCCAAAAAAGAACCCCGUGCCCCUAAAGCAGGCCGUGCGCCCUAAAAACGGGGUGGUCUUGCCCAGCCCGGCUGGCAGCGCCUUCCGGCGCGUGGGCCAGCCCAAGAAGCUCGACUUCAGCCUGGAGGCCAGCCGGGCAGCCUCCAACAAGCUGAAGCUCAGUGCCCUGAAGAAGAAGCAGCAGCUGGUCCAGAGGGCCAUUCUGCAGAAGAAGAAGUCGCAGCAACAGCAGCAGCAGCGGGCGGAGCUCAAGACCGGUGGCCCAGAGCCCAGCACCCACAUCUGCCCCUUCUGUGGCCGGGAAUUCACGUACAUCGGGAGCCUGAACAAGCACGCCUCCUACAGUUGCCCCCGCAAGCGCCAUUCCUCCUCCAAGGAGAAGAAGAAGAAGGCCAAGACGAAAGUGGGGGGCUCGUCUCCUGGCAGCAGCAAGAGCAGCACCAACCCCCGUCGGCGAACAGCCGACGCCGAGAUCAAGAUGCAGGGCGCUGCUACUCAGCUGGGCAAGACUCGCACCCGCAGCUCGGGGCCCACAGCUGCCCAGAUGCCCUCCGCCUCCUUCAAGCUGAAGCAGGGUGCCAAGUUCCCCAAAAGGGGCCACCCUCCGGCCGCGGCCGUGAGAGUGGGCAAGGGGGCUCCGCCAGAGGGGAAGCGGAGCAAGGGCGCCGCCAGGAGCGGGGGGGCCCCCGGACUGCUGGGCAAAGCCUCAGGCAAGCUGCACAUCCGCAUCCAGCGUGGGAAGGCAGCCCUGACCAGCCAGAGGAAGACUGCUGGCCGGUUCAGUGCCAAGUCGAGGGAGAGGGUGGGGGGCCCCGUCACCCGGAGCCUACAGCAGCAGCAGGCGAUGUCUGCGGAGGCCACGGAGAGCAAGAGGGAGGAGAGCGCUGCCCGGCCGGAGCUGAAGGACACCAGGAGCCUCCUUUGAGAAAUCGAACCCCCCAAACGUGUAAAUGAGACUUUCCUGGUCAGGGGGUCGGCCUGCCUGAUGUCCGGCACUGCAGCAGCAGUUGGAGAGCGGAGGCUCCGGCCUCCCAGAGGCAGAAGCGAGGAUGCAGUGGGUGGUUGCUGAUGGGUUCGCCCCAGAGCCGGCCUCGGUUGCCCCCCCACCGAACCAAGCCGAGCGAUUCUUAGCUACAGGGACAAGACACCCCCCCCCCAGGCAUGCGGUUGCUCCUCUCCUCGCCCCCCCCCCCGGCAGCCCUGGGAAUUUUACAAAGGACUUGGUCAAGCUCUUCGGGAGCAAAUUCAACCCUUGGGCUUCUUGCUUGGGCACCUGGCUUUUCCUGGCGCAGUAAGGAGGGAAGCAGAUAAAAACUCAGCCGGGGGGGGGGGCCUUGCCAAACCUGCUGGGAGCAACACUCAUCAGACGGCCCCCAGCGAGCAUCAGGGAUGACAAACUGUUCACACGGCACCUAAAGUAAGUUUUGGUCACCCAGUCUGCGAAGGCCUUUGUGUCACACCAGCCAGUACAAAAAGACCGCCAGGGACCGUGUUCCCUCUUCUCCUCAGUGUCUCCGCCGCCUCUUCCCCACCGGGUUUGGUGCCAGUCGCUGCUUUUCACCCCCUUGGGAGAGCAGGAGGGACGUCGGUUUCCCUAUCCCAAAUUCCCCUGGGCUGGACGAGACGUGCGCAGUUUGUGGUGAAUGACCAGCUCCUCGCAAAAGAUGGUGCAUCCCCCAAGAGACGCCCUACAUCGGGGGGGGGGGCUGGCAGCAGAGGGGGCAAGAGCCCCCCCUUUCCCCUUGUUGUAAAGCAAAACUGAAUCUCCCCCACCUCUUUUUCCAGAGAGGCAGCGCCUUUUUCUCCAACCUCGCCUUUCCAUUUGGGUGAACAGCAGUUGCUUCAUUUGACUCCCCCCCCCAUUUUUCAAAACUAUUUGUCCUUGAUUUAAAAAAGAAAAGUGAUCUACCUCUUAAAAUUUGAAGUUUUGAUAUUGUUUUGGUGACUUCAUGCCUCUUGCUAUCAUUCCCUUUUAUCUGUCUUUUGGUUGCGUUUCUUUUUCUUGACUUAUGGGGGACAUCAACACCCAACAGUUGUAUAAAGCAUUCGUAGCAACUUUGGAAAGGGGGAUAAAAUAUUUAAAAUUAUUUAAAUUGUUUUUGACACUUCAGUUGUAUUACAUGUGAUUUACAUUUUACAUUUGUUUAUGUGGGAGAGAGGAGAGGAUCUUUCAUCUGAAGAUGGUAUUAAAGUUUGCUGUUCUGUA